ACUCAGGUUUCCUCCAAUAGUUGUGCGCGCUUCGGGGAUUCCGCCCAGGACUCGGACCGAAACUUAAAACACCCCACUCUUCCCGCCAGCCAAACGGCACGGCUGCUUGCUUCCAGCUGGACAGGGGUGUCUCUCAAAAGUCUUCUUCUAAAACGGCUUCAAGAGGCGCGGGCCUACGGCGCGUUGAACCCCGGAAGUGACGUCUCCCAGAGGGGCCGGAAGUGGCAGUGGAGGGAGGGAAGAUGGCGGAGGUGGUGAGUCCGGUGCCCGGGGCGGGGCGGAGGGAGCCAGGGGAGGUGGGUAGAACCCGAGGCCCCCCAGUAGCCGACCCUGGCGCCGCGCUGUCUCCCCAGGGGGAGAUAAUCGAGGGCUGCCGCCUGCCCGUGCUUCGGCGGAACCAGGACAACGAAGAUGAGUGGCCCCUGGCCGAGAUCCUGAGCGUGAAGGACAUCAGUGGCCGCAAGCUUUUCUACGUCCAUUAUAUUGACUUCAACAAACGCCUGGAUGAAUGGGUGACCCACGAGCGGCUGGACCUGAAGAAGAUUCAGUUCCCCAAGAAAGAGGCCAAGACCCCCACCAAGAACGGACUUCCUGGGUCUCGCCCCGGCUCUCCAGAGAGAGAGGUGAGGAAGACCCUGGACCUAUCUCUACAGCCGGCCUCCGCCCAGGCCAGCGGGAAGACCUUGCCAAUCCCGGUCCAGAUCACACUCCGCUUCAACCUGCCCAAGGAGCGGGAGGCCAUUCCCGGUGGCGAGCCUGACCAGCCGCUCUCCUCCAGCUCCUGCCUGCAGCCCAACCACCGCUCAACGAAACGGAAGGUGGAGGUGGUUUCCCCAGCAACUCCAGUGCCCAGCGAGACAGCUCCAGCCUCGGUUUUUCCCCAGAAUGGAUCAGCCCGUAGGGCAGUGGCAGCUCAGCCAGGACGGAAGCGAAAAUCAAAUUGCUUGGGCACUGAUGAGGACUCCCAGGACAGCUCAGACGGAAUACCGUCAGCGCCACGCAUGACUGGCAGCUUGGUGUCGGACCGGAGCCACGACGACAUUGUCACCCGGAUGAAGAACAUCGAGUGUAUCGAGCUGGGCCGGCACCGCCUGAAGCCGUGGUACUUCUCCCCAUACCCGCAGGAGCUUACCACGUUGCCCGUCCUCUACCUCUGCGAGUUCUGCCUCAAAUACGGCCGCAGCCUCAAGUGUCUGCAGCGUCACUUGACCAAGUGUGACUUGCGACAUCCUCCAGGCAACGAGAUUUACCGCAAGGGCACCAUCUCUUUCUUUGAGAUUGACGGCCGUAAGAACAAGAGUUAUUCCCAGAACCUGUGUCUGUUGGCCAAGUGUUUCCUUGACCACAAGACGUUGUAUUAUGACACAGACCCCUUCCUCUUCUACGUCAUGACAGAGUAUGACUGCAAGGGCUUCCACAUCGUGGGCUACUUCUCCAAGGAAAAGGAAUCCACGGAAGACUACAACGUGGCCUGCAUCCUGACCCUGCCUCCCUACCAGCGCCGGGGCUAUGGCAAGCUGCUGAUCGAGUUCACUGCCCCUUCUGCUUCCCAGCAGCUUAAUCCCACUCCGUUCAACUCACCACUCGGUGGAACCCUUGGGGUAAUCAAACCCUGACCUGAGAGACAGGAGGGGGCGCCUCAGCUGUUUGAUGAAGACGCAGAGGCUUGACUUGAUCAAGGUCACGGUCCAUUUGAGGAAUUUUAUUAACAGAAUGAAGCCGGGAUGGGGUCCCAUCCUCAGAAAGCCCUCAGCUUGGUAGGGUGGGCAGACACUUAAAAUGAAUCUAAGCCUUGAAGGUCAGACCUCAGUGGAAACAGAAUGUGGGCAAGGUCACCAGCUCGAGGCACUCGGUCCUCCCCCGCAGGAGCGGACAGGUGCUCCAGAAGCACCCACCGUGGGCAGUACUUGAUGGCAGGUAGAUGUUUGCCAGGGAGGGGCCGGGAGCUCCCUGCUGAGGCAGGUGUGGCCUCCAGAUGGUCUGUUGGGACUCCACAGGCGCUGGCGGGCCCAGCAGAAUUCAGUAGGAAUCAGGUGUGCCUCCUACCCCUUCCAGGCUGUUUUUCUCUAAAGCAGCAGCCUCUCUGUCCCUCUUCCAGCUAGACUGGUCAGUGGAAGUCACAGGAAAUUGGGCCACACUGACUGAUCAAGAUUGGAAGGGGUGGGCAGAAAGGGCCAUGACCCAACAUAGUUAUGAUUGAGGGUGAAGAAGGGCUUCUAGAGGUAAUGGUGACACCCCAGAACCCUGAGGGACAAUGAAGAUUCUGUCAAGAGACACGAAGCUAUAUAAGGUUCCAAAGGGCCUGAGGGUCUUACUGGGAACUGUGUGCCAGUGGCCAGUGCUCAGGGGGUGGAGGAGGGCAGAGCAGUCAGAGGGAAAGAACCCGUGGAGAGGUCAGUUACCUACUGAGCAGUGGCCGCGUUCUGACCCAGGAAGUGCAUUGGUCCCUCUCUCUUGCCAUUGUGGUCUUGGAGCAGCUGAUGCUCCUCGGGCUGCAGCUAGGGGGACUGAUUUAACUGCAGAGCCAAAUCUCCUCCGGCCUAGAGCAAAGAUGGGGUCUGCCUUCCCUUCGCACAGACGGCCAGAGUCUGGAAUGAUGAAAAUCGGAGGCACUUGCCUUCCCUCCCAUUUCCUCUGCACCCCCCUGGGAUCAUAGCUGUUCCCAUCAGUACCUACCUCUGCCGCACAGAGAUGAAGAAGGAAUGGUUCUUAGUUCUCUACAGGGAAACAGACGAAGCAGACAAGCCCCACGGGGCAGGACCGAGAUGGGAACCCGGCAGUUUACUUCUCUAACUCGUGUUCUGGAACAUUGGUUGCAUGAAGGUGUGAUCGCUGACCUACCCCUUCCUGCUCCCUUG